CACACAGUCACAUGACAACAUAGGCACUGCACAUUCUCAGCGAAUCUAGUCUUGUUGUGACCUGUGCUGAAAUAAGUACAACAUGGCAGCCUUCAAUCCACCCUAUUCAAUCGAAGUUACUCUGAAAAGGUUUGUUGACGACAACAAAGACAACCUGCCAGCAGUUGUAGAAGUUUCUGAAGGGAUUUAUGGUAAAGAGGAGAAGGACUCUGAAGUCAGAGAUUUCUCAAAUGGGGACAUACUUCGACUACUAUCUAUAAAGGAGGAAGUCAACAUAACAUUUGAUGCAGUUUACUCAGCGCCGAGCAAAAAAGGGUUGAUAACAAUUAAUAAAUCGUACCGUGGAGCACAGUUCAGAGUCAUAUCCCGUUAUAAGGAUGGUCAUGUCUACGAGUCAAUUCAUGCCCUGAUUCUUGACUUUCCUGAUUGCAUACAAGCAGUGAAGCUCUUUCGAGUUGAUGGGGUUCUUAUCAAGAAAGGUGACCGCCUAAAAUUAAUAUCGAAAGGCAUGGACAAUAAUAAACCUUACAUGACAUGCAGAAUUAUUCGCACGUCCGAAACCGUUCAAGUCUGCGGUGACUUAAAAGAAUCUUUUGCGAAGAAAGUUGACAAGUCACAUGAGGUGCUAAACCUGGCUGAUAUCUAUCACCGAUUGCCACAACGUGUACUUAUGGUGCGUGACCUGGGACAAACUUUGAGAGGUAUUUCGCAUGGAAUCGAAGGACUGGGACCACAAUUUGACUCUCCUAUGAAUCUCAGCAAAAUUGAAAUUGUUGAAGCUUGCCACUGGGAAGACCCCGACACCAUCAUUCGUAUUCCUUUAACGACCAUCGUGUCCGUUUAUCCCAGGAAAGACUGGGGUGACAAGAUUGGUCCAAUGAGAGAUAUUCAUGAUUUAGCACAGGAAGCACAGGAAGCCAUGACACCCAAGGCGGCAGUCGUGGUCGAUCCGGAGAGUGAGGUGUCUGGAUGCACAAAGGACACAAUCGUAGUUGUUUAUGGGACAUCAACUGUGGAGUACGGAUUGUGUGAAGGCAAAGACAAGGCAUUCCUUCUAAUUCCAACAAGCUUUCCUUCAAAGUUCAAGGAAUGUGCGAACACAUGGUCUACUGUAGAGGACUUACUUUGCUCUGGUAUAAAUCACGAGGUUCGAGUAGGAACAACAUUCAGACAACAUGAUCAGAAAGACGAUAUCGAUACUUUGUACGAAAACGACGUCGUUCAAAUUCUGGAUUCAACAACUGAGGUAUUUUAUGGUGCAGCUGAAGAUCUAGAAGUUGUGAGAAUGCAAAGGAAUCGCUCUUCGUCCGGUAGAGUGGGCACAAUCGUUGUGCCGACUUUUGCAAGAGGGAACUUCUACGAAACUCCCAACGUCUUGGCCGAUGUUCCACUGUCUCAGCUUUUGGAACAAGUUACCCAUGCAAAAGUGACACUAUCUCGACCCUGUGUCAGCCCAGAUCCACAUGAUAUAGACUACAGCGAUGACCUCCUCAUCAAACUAUCUCCUCUGGAGAUACUAGGAAAAUACACACUCAGUGUUACUCGUGUGUCCGCACUGACGAAAGACCAACAAUCAGACUCUGAUCUUGGGUGUUCAAUUGUCAUACCGGAAACCAAGAAGCUUGCUGUACGUUCAAUAUCCAGAUCCAUAGCAGACCUAAGUGAAGGCGUCGACGAUCCCAAGGUGGACACCAUAAUCAUACGCGUGUCAAUGAAGGGAAUGCAGCUACUCCAACAAUCUACCAUUCCAAUGGAUAGUGUUUAUUCUGCUGUACCACCUCCCAUUCCAACAAGAAUCCACCAAAAAAAGCCGCCUCGACCUAUAGCCGCUAAACCUACCAGUCUUGUAAGAAACAUCGAGGGUGGAAAAGACGAAACUCCGCCGAUGCUGCCUUCAAAAGGUCAAUUGUCACCGUCAUUGCCAGAGCCUCGACCUUCACCCCUGCCAUCAAAUAGUGGGAAAACGUCACUGUCAUCUCCGCCCCAAAACAGUCGCUCAUCCAACUCAUUUUUUAAACGGAUACCGAACUUCAUCAAGGAAGGCUUACUUGAAAAGAAGGUUGAUGAGACCCGGCAUGCGGCAAAGUCACGGGGAACUGAGAAUCCUUACAAUUCAAUUGAGGAAAACAUCGAGAGAAAAGGAGGAGGGCGGGGCGGAUACGAGACCAACCUUAGACAGCCACCUGAAGGCGGCUCAGGCAGUGACGAUGAUGGUGACUAUGAGAAACCUGGUGAUUUGUUCAAUCCACCUGAUGAUGGUAAUGUUGGAUCCUUUAAAAUGAAUGAAAUUGUGCAGCUGCUGAAGUAUCUCGAAGUUGACCGGGAUGUUGUGUCCAACUUUAUCACGAAAGGCAUCGAUGGAAGAAAACUGUGUACUCUUAAAAUGAAGUUAACAGAUGAUAAUCUUCGUCAACAUCUCGGCAUGGACAGUCAGAAGGAUUGGUAUUCAAUGAAAUAUUUCAUUGACAAGUCAAAGUAAGAUUUUAGAACCAGAUCGUCCAACCUUGGUUGGUUUGCAGUCGGAAUUUUGUCUCUUUUGUGUCGUAUGAUUUAUUCGCAAGUAGACUUAUAGAAGGCGGAGGGACAAUAUAUAUUUUGAUUCGUCUUCUACCAGAAUGUCAAUCGCUAAAUAUAAAAUAAGCAUUUUAGACUAUACCAAUUAUUUAGAUUUUGUUUAAGAAUGUUGUAGAAUUAUAAAAAGUAAGAGUUUUCUUAAGGCACUUAAUGGUCUGUAUAACGUUUGGUAAUGACCCUGAAUAUUAAAGGCAAAUAGCAGUGUGGAUUUGAAUUGAGUAUAAUUUACAUGUGAUGAAUAUUAAAUUACACAAGUAGUGACGUAAGCCUACAUGGGCGAAUUAUACAGAGGUAUAAUUGACAUUCAACUUAUUAAUAUAAUUUGGUGUUAUCCAUCCACCGAUGUGUUUAACAAUAGUUGCGGUAGCUGGUAGUUUAGGAUCGAACUGUAUGAUGCCCGUACGGUUGGUCUAGUGCAUGGAAAUUGGUAAGACAUGUGUACUAGAAUGACAAACGGUGUGGCUUCCAAUCCCAUCCAAGUAAUAUGGCGAUGUUCACAUGACUCGGGGAAGACUAGCAGUGCUUUCACGCAUCGGUGUGAAGGUAAAAACAAAUAACAUUGUAUAUCCCCGUUGCAAAUUUAACAUUAACCUUAACUGAAAAUUAAAUUCAAUUUUGGUUCCAUACUAACCAAGCUGCUCCACAUUUCGGGUGUGCAGUUGCGAGCAAAACGGAAUAGUUUUAUACAUUCAGUCCUCUUGAAAGAAAGAAAACGCAUGUUAACCUACCGUUUAUUUCAGAUAUUGAAACGUAUUAAUGAAAGGCUUCGAACAAAGGGGAAAUGUUGAUUGUCAUUGAAAUAAUGGUAUUGUUUUCACAUUGUCGUUAUUAUACUCGACAACCAGAUAGUGCAAACGUAAUAAGAAAAACUCGCAAAUAUUUCCACUAUCAGCCACGUACGCAGACCCUUUUGUAUCAGUGUGAUCUUCUUAAAUUCGUAGAUAACAUGAUUUGUGACACAGGAUGUAUCAAUGCUUACAUAACAUAAAGUUGAUUGAGAAUUAAUUGAUUUUUUUGCUUUAGCUCAUUCCCUUAACUCAGUUCUGUAAUUCAAUACAAAUAAUAGUAUAAACUUACAGUUUAUGGAUUUAGAAUAAUGUUUUUUGUUCAUUCUUUGACGGAUUAGUAAUCAGAUUACAUUAUAGAUUGGAGUAAUUUUAUUACACCAAUUGGUUUCUACGUCGCAAAAUGUGUAUGUAUUAUGACAUCGUAUCGUUUGAUGGAGCAUGGAGAAAACCUUCAAAAUACCUUCUCAAUUUGAAAAAGCAUGUAAACAAAUGUAUCAGCUGUAUUCUUAACGAUGAUUAUAUUCGUAGUACAUUAACUCGAAGUGAUGACAUUCUUACAGAAGCAAGGAAUUUUUGCAAGAAGCUUUAUUCUUUUCGAGAGAUUGAUGCUGAAGCUGAUUUUAAGUAUGAUGUCUUUCAUGUAGACAGGCAUGAUAUGCUGCUCUCACACUGUGCAUGGCGAAUAUGAAUAUUUAAAUUUCGCGGUGAAUUCCUUACUCCUGACCAAUUACAAUCGCAGACGGUUUUAGUUCUGAACCUUAUAUGGGUUUUUUAAGACCUAUUGUGCUUUCUUGUUCGUUCUUUGAGUUAUUAUUUUGGUAAAUUUCGGUAACCCAGAAAAAUGGUAUUAUAACUUUAUUACCGAGAUCAACAGUGUACCAGGUUUUUUUGUUUGAUUCGAUUUGGUUUUGGAUUUUUGACCAUCUAUCAAAAGGAUUCACGUUGUUUUUUAUAUAAUGCAACUUAUUCAGUUAUAAUGAGUUGUUUAAUAUCGAGCGUGUUGCAGACGAGGCCAUGGGCUAAGCCCGCGUACUUGUUCCCUUUUGUGUGCCGAAAGUUUGCCAAUGAUGUUAUGUAACAAUCAGAAUGGUCAGAGUAUUGUGGUAGGUGAUGUGGAAUUUCAGAUUCCCAAUUAACUGUCCCAAAAAUGUCAGGGUUAAUACUUGUCAACCUUGACAAGACAAUGCAGUAUGGAUUAGGUAAAACAAAGGUUCUACUGAGAAACUGUGUACCGUUCUAAAUGUUAAAUGGGAUGGUCCAACGAGACAAUUGAAUAAUGUGUGUUAACUAUUCGACAGACCUAGUUUCCAUGGUUUUGUCAAAUUAUAAAUGGGUUUUUUUUUACAAUUAAGAAAGCUCAUGGUCUUAGGACGGAAUCUCAAUGUUUUAGGGAGAGUAAGGGUUAAAAGUCACCUUUGCUGUCCAAACGUUCCUACACUGUAAAAAAAUAUCCGUAAAAUGUACGGCACAUUUGGCAGCUAGGGUGCCAGGUAAAGUGCCGUAAAUUUCACGGUGAAGG